AGGUUGCAGUGAGCCGAGAUCGCGCCACUGCACUCUAGGGUAGGAAGGCCCAGGGUAGGAAGCUGAGCUGUUUCGAAAUCUGUAGCCACCUUUUCUCAAUGACAAUGAAGUAAUCUUCCAAGAUGUUGAAAAACCUGGUGCGGAAAGUUUGGAGUAGCAGUUUGGGAAUCCCCUGUAAUAAUCCGCUUUCCCUUGUGAACCUCAGGCACUGUCUUAAAAUUUUUUGUAUCCUCAAUGCACUGUAGGAGCUCAACAAAUGAUAGAAUAGAUGAAUAAAUAGAGGAGAAUGAGGAGACGGAUCUGAACAGGCUGCGAAGGAGGUGCUAUUCCAAAGCCCAGCCCAGAGGCAGUGACCUCGGACCCAAGCCAAAAAAACAGCUCGCGUUCAGAGGCCGGGAGAAAGAACAGCUGCCAAAUUAAGGGGAGUCCAAGGCCUUGCUCUUUUAGAGGGCGGGGCUAGGAGAACGUAUUCCGACGCUGCCCGUCAACGAGCCAAUCCCCGCCUCAAGGGGGAGGGGAUUUAAUCUGUCGCCGCUCCUUCCCUUUGGAAAGUAAAUACGUUCGGGCGCCAUUCAAACGGACCAAUGAGUGAUUGACGUUGUUGCGGUUGGCCCUCACCGAUUGGCUGGAGUUUGUCGUCCCUCCCUCCUCGUCAUCCCUCUGGCUCCACCCCUUUGCACACAAGAUGGCGGCGCCCAGCGGAGUAGGGGCUGCGCUUGGGGUUUGCUGAAGCUGGUUGCCUCUCCCACUCCCCUUUUGGGUGCAAAGCGCCACUAACGGGAGGACGGGGGCCGGGCGGGGACAGGGGCACCUGCGUAGCUGGACUGCGAGCCCGCGCCCAGCUUGCGUCGACCCCACCCGGCCCCGGCCCGACCCGACCCGACCCGAUCCGAUCCAAUCCGAUCCCAUUCCAUCCGUUCCCCGUCUCCUCCCGGUCUGACCCAUUGCCCGGCCGUGGUUCGCCACACCAGGCAUCCAAAGCUGAGGUCGCUCCUACGGCCUGGGCUCGCCUUCGCUUUGGAGAUGUUUGGGCUCUUCCCUCCCAAACAGCCCAUCUUCAAAACCUGGACUCUUGGACUGGCACCUGGCCCCCUUUCCCUCUACCAAGACUCCUCUUCCCUCUUACCCACUUCUUCCUCAGAUUCUUGGUACCCCCUGUGUUGGAGACCGCUCAUUUUCCUUCCAAAUUAAUCCCAGACCCCCUAAAAUAUUGACAACCUUGACAACCCCACAACCGAGGAGCCAGACUUUCUUUUGGACUAACCUCCAUAGCCCUAUCAUGGAGGCAGUGUACCUGGUAGUGAAUGGGGUGGGCCUGGUGCUGGACGUGCUGACCUUGGUGUUGGACCUCAACUUCCUGCUGGUGUCUUCCCUCCUGGCUUCCCUGGCCUGGCUCCUGGCCUUCGUCUACAACCUGCCGCACACGGUACUGACUAGUCUUCUGCACUUGGGCCGCGGAGUCCUGCUUUCAUUGCUGGCCUUGAUCGAAGCCGUGGUCCGGUUCACAUGUGGGGGCUUGCAGGCCUUGUGUACCCUGCUCUAUAGCUGCUGCUCUGGCCUGGAGAGCCUAAAGCUCCUGGGGCACCUGGCCUCUCACGGGGCACUGCGGAGCAGGGAAAUACUGCACCGGGGCGUCCUCAGUGUGGUCUCCAAUGGCCAUGCUUUGCUGCGCCAGGCCUGUGACAUCUGUGCCAUUGCCAUGAGCCUGGUGGCUUAUGUGAUCAACAGCCUGGUCAACAUCUGCCUCAUCAGCACUCAGAACCUCUUUUCCCUGGUGCUGGCCCUGUGGGAUACAGUGACCGGGCCUCUGUGGAGGAUGACGGAUGUAGUGGCUGCCUUCCUAGCCCACAUUUCCAGCAGUGCUGUGGCCAUGGCCAUCCUCCUUUGGACACCCUGCCAACUAGCCCUGGAGCUGCUGGCCUCAGCUGCCCGCCUCCUGGCCAGCUUUGUGCUUGUCAAUCUCACUGGCCUGGUGUUGCUAGCUUGCGUGCUGGCAGUGACGGUGACUGUGUUGCAUCCGGACUUGACCCUGAGACUGGCUACCCAGGCACUCAGCCAGCUCCAUGCCCGGCCAUCCUACCACCGUCUUCGAGAGGAUGUCAUGCGGCUCUCUCGCCUAGCACUGGGCUCAGAGGCCUGGCGCCGAGUCUGGAGCCGCAGCCUGCAGCUGGCGAGUUGGCCGAACCGCGGAGGGGCACCUGGAGCCCCCCAGGGUGACCCUAUGAGGAUGUUCUCAGUUAGGACCCGGAGACAGGACACUUUUCCUGAAGCGGGGCGCAGAUCAGAGGCAGAAGAGGAGGAGGCCAGGACCAUCAGAGCGACACCUGCCAGGGGCCGAGAGAGGCUCAACGAUGAGGAGCCUCCAGGCGGGCAAGACCCGUGGAAGUUGCUGAAGGAGCAAGAGGAGCGGAAGAAGUGUGUCAUCUGCCAGGACCAGAGCAAGACGGUGUUGCUCCUGCCCUGCAGGCAUCUGUGCCUGUGCCAGGCCUGCACUGAAAUCUUGAUGCGCCACCCCGUCUACCACCGCAACUGCCCGCUGUGCCGCCGGGGCAUCCUGCAGACCCUCAAUGUCUACCUCUGAAGACUCCUUCCCUACCUGCCCACCCCUCCACGCUCCACGCAGGCACUCACGCUAGGACAGCAUUAACACCUCAUCUCCGGGUCCUGGUCUGAAUCCCUCCUACCCCUGUGGCUGUCCUGCCAAGCCUCCAAGCCAUACAUCCAGGACAUUGAGAUGGAAGACUAUGAUCUGGGUGGGGGCAGGAUAACAUAGCUUCUCCUUACCCAGUGGGUCCCUUCGAUGCUGAGGGUGGUGAGUAUGUCACUAUGCAAGGGCCUUGAGACUGCUGUGGGCUCUCCUCCAGCUUGCCCAGGGCCCACCCAGCUGCCUCUGGGGUUACCCCUCUCUGCUUCUGGUUUUUCUGUUGGAGAUCUGUAGGUCCUUUUCCUGCCUCCUUCACAUUUCCUCCCCAGCUUUUGUGGCCACAACAUAUCAGUGUUAUUUGGGUGUUUUGGCAACUCAGGGGCCUUCGGAUGAUCUUGAACCUUUGUGUUCAGCCAGAGCCCCUGUGCCCUGGUAGGCUUUGGGGUUAGUAUCUCUCAGGUACCCUCAGAGCCACCUCUGCCUGUCAUCGUCUGAUGAGGCUCCCUCCCAACCUGAUCCAAAAGCUGGGCUCACGAGUUUACCCCUGGGAUGGGGGAUGCAUCUGCACCUGACUUUGGGACCAUGUGCUCUCUGGCACCCCAGCUCACUGCAAGUCUCAGGAGGGAUAACCAGAUUUCUGCUCAUUCCCCUUUCACUCCCACAUCACACAGAAAAAUGGCAUUCCUCUCUGUCUCUCCCUGGCAUUGGAGAGGGCAGACUGUGCACAGUUCACUAGGGUCCAAAUACAGAAGGGGCCAGGGCCCAGGGGCUUGCAGCUUCCUGAGGGGUCUCUGGCCCAGUUUCCUAUGAAUAAAGUUAUCUUGACAGCUCUGA